AUGUCAAUCGGCACCCCUACUAGAUCACCUUCGAAGAGAAAGGAAUUGAUUGAUUCAUUGAUUACAUGUACUCGAUUGCCAAGUCUAUCUCCGGCAAGAACACCUAAUGGCCGUGCCGGUUUGCGGUCUCCGGAAAAGAGGAGCGUUGUAGACUUGGACAUGUCUGCGAGAAAGAAAGCGCACUACACAUUAUACGAUAAAUUGAUGAACGAUGAGCUAGACUCUGACGACUUUCUUGAUAAACAGGAUAGGGCUUUGGCUGAGAGUAUUAUACGACUGUCGAGAAAGGAAUCGAUUGAAGAGGAUUCAUAUAGGAAUUAUGGGAGCGACGUCGAGCUUGAACUAGACUUGACCACUGUCACCAGGAAGGGUAGGCGGAUUCAAAAGAGAUACCUUGAGGAUGAUCUUGAUGACGACGAUACUUUUGUCUCCGAUUCCGAGGUUCUGCAUGAGGAGAAAGAAGAAGAUUCCGAACGUGAGGAAUCGGAGCCGGAGGAGGCAUACUCCAGAAAAGACAAGCUGAGAUCAAACAUCAGACAAAAACGGGGGAGACGUCAAAAUGUGGCUGAAAAAGUGAAAAGCAUUUUCCACCAGGAUGACGAGCUCUUUGAUCGAAAUUAUCCCGUUAGUGUGGAGCCCACACCGCCACUACCUCCACUUCCACCUGUUGCACAAAAAGUAGCCAAAAAAUCAUUUGCAAACUUAUUGAUUAGCCAGUACUCAGAUCGGACCAGAGUACCCAUAGUGAGUGGGCUCAAUGUUAAAAAGGGCGAUAAACUGGGUGGAAAGGAGAAAUUUGAACCUUUACCGGUGCCUAAAUUGGACUCUAAUGGACAUAUAGAUGACGGCUUGUACUUGGAAAGAUAUUUCAACGGAAGAGACCCAUCUAGGGUUAACCAAGAGAGACUAUUGGAUGAGAAAGUGUUCUCGAUGGAGGGUCCAGAAGGGUACUUUGAGCAACUUCAUAGGAGGUUUAGAAUCAACUCAAAGUCCUUAAUCGCAGCUGCUCCUCGAGUUAGCGAAGCAGAGUUUAACAAUGCAAUCCAGCAGAGUGAACGAAUAUGCCAAAACCAAAAAGAUAAACUCUUCAAUCUUCACAAAAAGUUGUACAACCAGUGGUGUUUUGAGUUGAGCCAAAACUACAACCUAAUAUUUUACGGUGUGGGAUCAAAAUUGAGCGUGCUAAAUGAUUUUGCCGAGGACUAUUUUGGCAGUUGGUGGGACGCAAUAUACGGUGGACUUCCGCCAAAGGCAUUGAUUGUUAAUGGAUUCAAUCCUAAUGUUGAUUUCAAAGCAAUUGCUCUUCAAAUUGCGUCGGUGCUUUUACCUGAAGAGGAGAACAAAUUUCCAAAACACGUAUCGGAAACUGUUCCAUUUCUAGUUGAUCAGAUGGAAAAGAAUAGGGUGCCCGUGUCCAUUGGUGAGAUUCUUCGACCAAAGUUGCUAUUGGUGGUGCAUAAUCUUGAUGGGGAGGCUUUCAGGACGGAUAAAAUACAAGGACUCUUUGCUCAGCUAAUGGGUAUCCCCGAGGUUUGGGUGUUAUCAUCCAUUGACCAUAUCAAUGCUCCGCUUCUUUGGGAUCUGUCCAAAGCCAAGAGUAUGAACUUGAUAUGGCAUGACUUGACUACGUACCACACAUACUCGGUUGAGACAUCAUUCAAGGAUGUCUUGAGCAUGGGCAAAUCUAAGCAAUAUAUUGGCAGUUUAGGGGCCAAAUUCGUUUUGAGAUCGUUGACUGAUAAUCACCGUCAAUUGUACAAAAUUUUACUCACUGAUCAGCUAAGUAACAUGGAGAACAUCGCUUCCGGAAAAGGCUUAGGCUUGAAAGGUACAGUCAAGUUUGGUGUCGAUUUGAAAGCACUAUACAACCAAUGUUUGGAUGAGUUCAUUGUAUCAAACGAGGUUACGUUUAGGACAUUUUUAAAAGAAUACGUUGAUCACAAGAUGUGUCAAUUAGUUAAAGAUUCCUCGGGUUUGGAGAAAACGUUUAUCCCAUUCACAUUCGGUGAGAUGCAGGAUCUUCAAAAGGAAGAGUUUGAGUACUAG